AUGGCGUGGUGGCUGCGGCUGUUGGUGCUCGUGGUGGUGUGGUGCUGCGCCGGCGUGGUGGCGGUGCUGUGGAGGCUGUGGGCCACCAGGCCGCUCAUAGACGCUCCGGGGCCACCCACACUGCCCAUCAUCGGGAACAUCCUGCAAUUCCGUGAGCUACCACUGACGGUCCGCAAGCUACGAGACCUCUACGACCAAUACGGAGACUUGACUAGGUUCUACAUCGGUCCAGUGCUGGUGCUGAUGGUGGUGCACCCAGACGAUGUUCAACACAUCAUGCUGACAUCCAAGAUGGUGGACCGCGACCCCUUCUUGUGUCACGCUAUACGGACCUUUGCCGGCGAUGGCUUACUCUCCGUCAAUGGACGCCAGUGGAAGACGCACCGCAAGCUCAUCAACCCAACAUUCCAUUCUGAGCUGCUAGAGGGAUUCCUGGAGGCCUUCCACGAGGGUGGUCUCUAUCUGAGCGAGCGUCUGGCCAGGACUGGAGGCGCCACUGUCGAAGUCCACCCACCUGCGGCUGUGGCAGCCCUCCGCGCCAUCUCCAGCACUCUCAUUCGCGUCAACCCUGACGUCAUAUUGCCAGGCCCCAUGCCAGAGGAGGAGGUCUCUACUGCCUUGUGUAACGCCAUGAGUUCCAUCCAGACGAUUAUGAUGAGACCAUGGCUGCAGAGUAAACUACUGAUGCGGCUGACCUCCACAGGGCGUGGUGUGUUCGACUACGUGCAAAUACUGCAGGACCAGAUCAUGCAGUGCAUCGCCAUGAGGUCAGCAGCCAUCAAGGAACGAUCUCCAAAGAAACAUCUGAAUCUACUGGAAGCUCUGGUCAAGCCAGGCGGACAGACCAUGUUGCCAGUCAGCGAGGUUCGAGACGAACUCGUGAACGUGGUGAUGGCCGGCACCGAGACAGUGGCUGUAUCGAUCUGCUUCGUGCUGGCCUUGCUGGCCCUCCACCCCGAGUGGCAGGACGCAGCCCACAAGGAGCUGAGGGACGUCUUCGGCGAGGGGGAUGACUACUUGCGGGCUGCCAGCCUCGCAGACCUGCACAGCCUCAGGGUGCUAGAGAGCAUCAUCAAGGAGACGCUACGCAUAUUCCCGACGGUCCCGGUGAUCUCCCGGGUGGCCUCGGAGGACCUCCGGCUGCCCAGAGGGCGGGUGCUGGUCCCUAAGGGCACCGUGCUGCUGUUGGUGCCCAGCCUCACACAACGCCUGUCACAGUUUCACCCAGACCCUCUGAGGUUCGACCCUUCACGCUUCUUGGACGGCCGCAGAGGGGAGGAGCACGCGUGCAGCUACCUGCCGUUCGGGCUGGGCGCACGCAGUUGCGUGGGCACCCAGUACGCCCGCCUCCAGCUCAAGGUCUUCCUGGCGUAA